CACGCUAGCGUUGCCACCUGUUGCGGUGUUGGGGGCAGCACUCCCACACACAGCUGAUCAAAGGUUAGGUAACACUUGUUUCUUGUUUUUACAAUUCAUUCCCAUUGCAAUGGCUUUGCGUUUCGUGGCCCAAACUUGCAACAGUUUGUUACAACAUACUGGACGUCGUCUGCCGGCUGCCACGCCAUGGAUACGAACACUAACCCAUUACCCCAUAAAUGACGCCAUGUAUGGCCUCAAUGAAGAGCAAAAGAAGCUGCGAGAAAUUGCCUUCAAUUUCUUUCAAAAAGAACUGGCACCGCAUGCCAAGGAGAUAGACAAGCUAGAUAAUUUCAAAGAUCUGCGUUCAUUCUGGAAGAAGAUGGGCGAACUUGGCUUCCUUGGCAUUACUGCGGAACCUGAGUACGGCGGUACUGGCGGUAGCUAUUUGGAUCACUGCAUCAUUAUGGAAGAGAUUUCAAGAGCUGCUGGAGGCGUGGCGCUCUCUUAUGGAGCACAUUCCAAUCUGUGCAUCAAUCAGUUGACUAAGAACGGCACACCAGAACAGAAGGAAAAAUAUUUGCCCAAGCUGUGUAGUGGUGAGCACAUUGGAGGUCUGGCUAUGUCGGAGCCUGGAGCGGGCUCAGACGUCGUCUCUAUGAAGCUACGCGCGGAACGCAAAGGCGAUUACUAUGUACUAAACGGUAGCAAAUUCUGGAUUACCAAUGGCUCUGAUGCCGAAACACUGAUCGUGUAUGCCAAAACCGGAGGAAGUGGUGUUCCAGAUAGACACGGCAUUACAGCGUUCAUCAUAGAAACAGGCUGGGAAGGCUUCAGUGUAGCUCAGAAACUGGAUAAACUAGGCAUGCGUGGCAGCAGCACCUGCGAGCUCGUUUUCCAGGAUCUUAAGGUGCCGGCCAAGAAUAUACUGGGUCAGGAAAACAAAGGCGUUUACGUUCUGAUGUCGGGUCUGGAUUUCGAGCGUUUGGUUUUAGCUGCCGGACCAGUGGGACUUAUGCAGGCCGCCUGCGAUGUGUCCUUCGACUAUGCCCAUCAGCGCAAGCAAAUGGGCAAGCUAAUUGGCGAAUUCCAACUGUUGCAGGGCAAGAUGGCCGAUAUGUACACGACUCUAGGCGCCUGUCGCAGCUACUUGUAUGCUGUGGCCCGUGCCUGCGAUGCGGGCAUACGCAGCAGCAAAGACUGCGCCGGCGUCAUCCUGUACAGCGCGGAGAAAGCGACUCAGCUGGCCUUAGAUGCCAUUCAGAUACUGGGAGGCAAUGGCUACAUCAAUGAGAACCCAACUGGACGCAUUUUGCGAGAUGCAAAACUGUAUGAGAUCGGGGCUGGCACAUCAGAGAUCAGACGCUGGUUGAUUGGACGUCAAUUGAACCAGGAGUACAAAUAAUUGAUGACGACUAAUCAGCAGGACAACAUAAACGGAAAGACUAUUUGUUGCAUUUAUAUUUUGUAGGCAUUUUUUGUGAAAUAUGUGUAGAUAUUGAUUGUGGAAUAAUUAAUUAAAUUGUGAAU